CAGCACCAUGCAGGUCUCAGAGGGGAGGCAGCUCUUUGACCCCAUCUCCUUCGGCAAGGACCUGAUGGCCGGGGGCAUAGCGGCCGCCAUCUCUAAGACCACUGUGGCGCCCAUCGAGCGGGUGAAGCUGCUGCUGCAGGUGCAGGCCUCGUCCAAGCAGAUCCGGCCUGAGCAGCAGUACAAGGGCAUGGUCGACUGCUUCGUCCGCAUCCCCAAGGAGCAGGGAUUUCUCAGCUUCUGGCGUGGCAAUUUAGCAAAUGUUAUCCGAUAUUUUCCAACACAGGCUCUAAAUUUUGCUUUUAAGGACAAAUACAAACAGAUUUUCAUGUCUGGAGUGAAUAAAGAAAAACAGUUCUGGAAAUGGUUUCUAAUGAACUUAGCUUCUGGUGGAGCAGCUGGAGCUACAUCCUUGUGUGUAGUGUAUCCAUUAGACUUUGCACGAACACGAUUAGCUGCUGACAUUGGGAAAGGUAUGGCUGAACGGCAGUUCAUGGGCCUUGGUGACUGUAUUGUUAAAAUUGCAAAGUCUGAUGGACUUGUUGGCCUGUACCAGGGGUUUGGUGUUUCAGUGCAGGGAAUUAUUGUGUACCGAGCUUCCUAUUUUGGAUGUUACGACACCAUUAAGGGGUUAUUGCCAAAUCCAAAACAAACCCCAUUUGUUUUGUCCUUUCUCAUUGCCCAGCUUGUAACUACAUUCUCUGGAAUACUAUCUUAUCCUUUUGACACUGUCAGAAGACGCAUGAUGAUGCAGAGUGGAGAGACUGAACGUCAGUAUAAAGGAACUAUUGAUUGUUUUGUCAAGAUAUACAAACUAGAGGGACUUAAUGCUUUCUUUCGUGGAGCCUUCUCCAAUAUCCUUCGUGGGACAGGAGGUGCCUUGGUGUUAGUGCUUUAUGACAAAAUUAAGGAAGUUUUUCAUCUUGAUGUUUCAAAGAGUUCAUCUGACUAAAAUAGUAGCUGCACAUCUAUUUUGAUGGUAUAAUGUACAGUGGUACAAAUCUUAUUGUUUGGAUAGCAUGUUUUUCAGUUUCUCUGCUGUGUUUUUCAUACUGUAAGAAAUCACUUGGAUGUGUUCAGGAACACACAUGUGCUAAACUGAAUAUUUACUCUGAUCUUUUAAAAAAUACCUAA